AUGGGCGCAUCUCAGUCCUCGCCGCUGGACGAAAAGGUGUUCACCCCCGACACCCCCUCCACGUACUUCUCCGACGACGUCGUCAACCAGCUCGUCGACCAGCAGGCCUCGCCGGCCAUCCCUCGCGAGCGCCAGAUCACGCUCGACGCCCACAUCCGCUCCCGCAUCCAGUCCGAGCUCGCCCGCCUGCACCAGGAGGAGGCGCGCCGGAGCAUGGCCGGCGGGGAGCACGGGUCCGACGAGGCCGGGCCCGCCGGCUCGGUCAGGAGCAGCGCCGUGCUCAUGGGCGACCUCGAGGAGCUCCGCCAGAAGGUCGAGAAGUACCACGGUCGUCAGGACUCGGAGGAGCUAGCGGAGGUCCGGGCGAGGGGAGAGGAGGUCGUGUCGUGCUACAGGGCCAACCCAACCACCACGCUUGAGUGUUGGAAGUCUGUUCGGGCAUUCAAGACAUCGGUCGCGCAGGUAGAGCAGAACUACGUAAAUUCGCUCAGAUAG